AUGGCAUUCCAAAAGGAGGACAACGUCAUGGUGGAUUACUGGGGCACCAAGUACGUGGGUAUUGUCCAGAGCGUUGACGUGGAUGAUGCCGGCAAGCCCACUAAGUAUUACGUGGACUUUAAGGUGUACUGGGGGAAGAAUGAACAGGGCAAGGACUCAUGGGUCUCUGCGAAGAAGGACAAACCGGCGGAAUGCUUCCCAUAUCAGGUGAAGGAGAUCGAGAUCACGGCCGGGGCGACUCAGGGGCACCGGCCGGCGGAGGAGGAGGAGGAGGAGGGCUGGGACUCGGAGGAGGACCUUCGGACCCGGCCAAUGCGGCUAUUAGUCGAGCAUGUGACCAGUGCCGGAUACGGAAAUGAGCGCAAGAUCGACCAGAUAGAGCAGCGCCUCGGCUCGAUAGAAAAGAUCCUCCGCGAGCUGAGCAACAACAGCAACUUCCGCCGGGGGUCCGACCUCCCCCUCCACGAGGGACCCCCACAAGCGUCCUCGUCGUCGUCCAACGCGAUGGACACCGGCGGCGGGGCGCGGAGGGAUGACCGCAGGGCAACAGGCGGCGGCAACGACUCCCCGCUGACAGCGACGGCGGCCCACCACCACCAGCAGCAGCACGACGAGAUGGAUGACAUCUCGGGCGACGACCGCGGGGACGAGGCCGACGACGACAGCAGCACGCCGGGGGCCAGCGCCAACGAGCUCGACUCGUCCGCCUUCGAGGGCAAUUCGUCGCUGACGGCGCACACCGUCUUCGCGUCCGAGUUCCUCGAGCACGCGGUCGAGCGCACCUCGCUGCGCGACCUCAACCCCAGCAUGGCCGCCGCGCUGACCUCGCUCAAGCAGAUCGUCGGGCUGAGCCAGAAGCAGCAGGGGAGCGGGGGCGGGGGCGGCAGUGGGCCACAGGGGCGGCGCGGCUCGUCAGGGGCGUCCAACAGCGGCGCCGGGGGUGGUGGGAGCAGCAACGACGUGCGGUUCGCGCACCAGCGGGCCCUGCCGCGCGGGGGGUUCCGCGAGUUGCCGAUGCCGCCGGUGCAGGCGGUGAUCCCCGUGCUGCGGGAGGUGAAGGAGACGCCCCCCGGUACGUUCACGCUGAUCAGCGUGUGCUGCUUCAUGGCGGUGGAGAACUUUGCCGAGGCGUGCCGGCGCGUGUACUUUGCGCUCGAGGACUUCAGCCACGCCAACUUCAUCAUCGUCAACAUGGGGCUGUACUACCUGUUCCAGGAGAAGGCGGUGGUUGCGGGCGAGAGCGGGGACAGCGCGGGGCAGGAACGGUAUACGGGGUACUACCGCCUGUGCCGCGACAACCUCGAGACGGGGCUGGCCAACCUGCGCUUCUUCCUCGGCGCCAGCAUGGAGAACAUCGAGGCCCUGCUGCUGGGCGCCAGCUACGCCAUCGAGGUCAGCCGCCCCAGCCUCGCCUGGCAGCUCAACACCACCGCCGCCCAGCUGUGCCAGGACCUGGGAUACCACCGUGUGACAGGCGGCACCGUCGAGGUGAACAGCAGGGGCGGCGGCGGCGGCGGCGGCGCGAGCAUCGUGCACGACAACGGCAGCAGCAGCGUGCUCAGCGACAAGAAGGCGAUCCUCUUCUGGUUCAGCUACAUGCUGGACCGCGGGCUCGCGCUCCGGCUCGGGCGAGCCCCGACGAUCCAGGACUUCGACGUGACGCUGCCGCGGGUGAUCGGGCAGGUCAACGCGCCCGACAUGUGGAAGGAGGUGCUGCGGCUGUGGAUCGCGCAUGCAGACAUCCAGGGCCAGAUCUACGAGCGGCUGUACUCGCCCUCCAGCCUGGGCCACCCGGUGGGCCAGCGCGUCGACACGGCGCGGCGGCUCGCGGGCCGGCUCAAGGUGAUCGCCGAGCAGGCGCUGCUGAUCCGGAGCAGCGAGAUGGGCAAGCUCAAGGUGGGCGGCGCCGAGGGCGGCAGCUGGGCCGAUGCGAGGAAGGCCACCGUCAUGGAGAUGGUCAUGAAGAGCGACCAGGUCUCGUUCCUCAGCAGCCUGACGCUGGUAUAUCGGGCCAUCCCUGCCGGCGUGGGCGGGCACGGUUUCUCGACCUUCACGCCCGAGUGCAUCGAGACGGCGAGGCUGGCCAUGCAGACGCACGAGGAGUGCAUGAAGCUGAUGGGGAGCAACCUGUGGGUGGCGGCUUCGUACAUACACUGGACAAUCCUCUACGCGCCCUUCGUCCCCUUCAUCGUCAUCUUCUGCCACAUCAUCGAGACCUCCAACAUGGCAGACCUGCAGCGCCUACGUGACUUCAUCGCGUCGCUCCAGCCGACGUGCGCCGUGUCCGAGGGCGUCGACAAGCUGCACCGCCUCUUCUCGGUGCUGCAGAACGUCGCCACGCUGUAUGUCGAGGCCAAGACAAAGGCCAACUCGUCCGAGCCCCAGGACACCGACAUGGCCCCGAUUGGCAACGAGUUCGACGUCUACCUGUCCGCGCUGGGCUUCAUGCCCGUCGACGGCGACCUGUCGGCCGCGCAGGCCCAAGCGCAGGUCCACCAGGCACAAGUUCACCAGGCCCACGCCGCCGCCGCCGCAGCUGCUGCUGCUGCAGCUGCUGCGAGUGGCGCAUUACCGACUUCACCCGUGACUGCUGGGGCGCCGUUUGGUGCGUCGCCAGUAAACCAUGCGGUGGCUAUGAACCAGACGAGCCAGCUGGGCGAUUGGUUCUCGGGGAAUCGGUAUAUGAUGGGCCUGCUGGAGGAGGAUCUGUCGCAGUUCCAGCCAAAUUAUUUUCCGAAUCCGUAG